AUGGCAACUCCUUACAACUACCACAUGCUCGCCCCUAUUUCCGAAGAAGUCGAAGAGUCUCCCAAUGCGGAAACACACGAAAGUCAGGUGAAUAUUUCGUGAAAUGCAGACCACUAUUAAAAUAUAAGUUUUCCUCAAUAUCCAAAAAAUUCAACUUUUCAGAAAGUUUUUGCGUUUUGAAAAGAUAAACAGACUUUUUUGAAUUAAUAUACAUGUUCGAAAAAUUUUUUUCAAUUCCUUGUGGGUUAAAAAGAAUUUUUUUCUCUUAAGAUAUGUAAGGAUUUGAAUAAAUCAAUUCUCACACACAUUUUUCCUUUUUACGAACAAGUUUUUUUCAGAUGACUGCGCUCUCCGAUCAGCUUGAUCCAGCUGUGAACUCAGAGACAAAAGCCUUUUAUCAUCGUCAGUUCUUCAUGUCAUAUAUUAGAAAAAAACCAAAAACUAAUUGCAGAAAUUGAACAAUGACGUCGACAUCUCCAAAAUAAAGGUAUUGCCCGGAACAGCCGUCGGAGUGCAUCAUUUGCCAGAAAAAAAGCCAAGUAAGUUGCAUCAAAAUCUGAAAAUUAUAAGGAAUGAGAUAAAUAUCAUUAAUCCGUAAGAAAACAAAGUGUAUUGCAUAUCAAAAGCCAACAAAAAAUAUGUCCGUAAAGUCAGCUUUUUGAAAAACUUUUUUUCUAUGUACUGUUUAUGUGAUAUUGUGCAAAAAAACUCGAAUACAUAUUUUUUUCACUCAAAAGUAUGCACACAAAAAUAUUCACUAAAAAAAUAUACAUCAGAGCGUCGGAUAUUUUCGUUAGUUCAUUAUGCUUGUUUUUUUCAACAAAAAAAUGAAUUACAGGAUCAGUUUCAAACGAUCACAGCUCGGAAACGCCCGGUCCCCGUCGUUCCUGCACCUACCCAUUUAGUAUGUUUAAUUGAAAUAUCAGACUCUAGAAAUUUUUUCUCAUUUUGAUGGAGAAAAAAUAUGUCAAAGCUAAAAAGUUUCCAUAGACUGCCAAGAAGAAAACAAAAUUUUGGAGGUUUUUUUUCUCGAAUAAAAGUGUUCAAGUUUCACCUUUUCCGUUUUAUAAGUUGCUCAGAUUGGUAAUAUAUUUUUUCUAUUAAUUAUUGUUUCUUUUUAGACUGAAACUUAUAUGCCGGAUUGUGAACUUUUCCAUUUGGCCCGUUAUGAUCCUUACUCGACACUCUUUCCCGGCAAGGUAAGAAGCUCUCAGAGUUAGGAAAAACUUUAUUUUUUCAGAGCAUCUCCCAAAAAGCACACCGAGUCAUUGCAAAAAGCCUUAUCAGACAAAGACCGACAGAAUCACGAUCACAGAGAGAAGCUGCUCUGCGAAAUUUGAACUCGAUAGUAAGUUUCAGAAUUUUCACACUGCUUGAGUUGAUUGUAAGAGAACCCUUUUCAGUUCCACCAGAACUUGAACUGGGCCGAAGAGGAAGACUUUCGAGAGAUGGAAAUGCUAUUUGAUGAUCCGCAGUCUGAGGUAAAAUCCCAUUCACGCUUUCUCCAAUCUUUGUUCUUGAAAAAAAAACAAAAUGUUUUUUCAGAGCGCACUCAAAAUUACGAAAGACGUGUCAAACGACUUCGACAGCGGCCGCCAUGCCGAAUAA